AUGGAACGUUUCCUUUCUGUUCUCAUCGUUAUUGGAGUCACCCUGGCCUGCCAUCCGGUGCCAGAACCAAAAAAGCAUGGAUUUGGGAACCAUACAUCGGACGUCACACUAGUCACCCAGGCUCGCUACGAUCCGAAUCUAAUCCAGCAUUUCAUGAAUACUUCCCACAGAUGGAUGUCUCUCAUUGGCUGGACGAUAUCAAGAAGUCAGAGUCGGUAA